AUGUCAUCCGACGCUAUCAGGGCGACUCUUGCGCAAUGGGACUUCUCUGUGGCUUCACAAGGCUAUCGUCGACGCGAAUCGAUCGUGUCUCCUCUAGAUAAACACGUUCCCAGUGUCUCGAGCAACCCAACUCUUCGAAAGGAGUCCUCAUAUCAGUCAAUGGAGACUGAUGAUCCAGCAGGCGACUACUUCCCGCGCUUCAACUCUUCCCUUGGGAAUUCGUUCUUGAGAUCUGGUAUACCUUGGCCAUCUCUUAGGCCUACAAACGAAGAUGAAGAGUCUCUCAACGUCACUCGUCAAAGGAUCCCAGGUCAUGAUCGUCUUCCUUUUCCAAACACUCAGGCUGCAUCUGAUCUUGGAAUUCUCAACUUCUACGUUGAGAAGCCGGACAUAGUCUACCUCGAAGUCGGGUUUCCCAACAUGCAGCCCUUCUUGCUCAGAGAGGACAAUGUACAAAAGAUCAACGAGCCAGCCGUCAUCAAUUUCUGGCGGCUCUCUGGAAGUCGAGAGUAUGCUACCGGCAUAGGAAAGCGUCACGUAUUUUGCAUUCUCGGCUAUCGCGUUUUCUAUCUUCCGAACGGUGGUGAACGUGAGGAACAUUGGAUUCAUUGGACAGGAUAUCGCGCCUCUGAAGCUUCGUGGGUUGAAUCUGACUUCGUCCGACGUGCUGCGCCUGAGAUGGUCCAGGCUUUCAACUCUGAACGCCGACUUUCUUGCUACAGAGACUCUACUGGGGAGAUGUUCAUCACCAAGACUGCACCCCGCUGUUCUGAAAUGGCCAAGGGGAUCAGUUGUAAUGGUUGUUUACGCUGCGGAGGCGGAUGCAACCGUGGCCAUGUUUAA